AUGCCGAACAAUCCCAAUAUAAAUCUAUCUACAGUGAUAACAUGGCUAUUUUAUCUCGUUCCCAUAUAUAUAUUUCUCAUAUCUCCAGCUCUACGCAUAUUAUCUCCGUCUAACGAGCAUCAAAGACAAGAUGCUGCGAAUCCCAUCUUCGAUUGGUCUGCUUUCGAUGACGCAGAUUACGAUCUAUUGGUAUCCGGAUUGAAUGUUACGGACGACAGCUUUAUAAGCCCGGAAGACAAUGAUUUGGAUAAACUCAACUGCCGCGAGGACGACUACCGGGUGCACAUUUUUUCGUAUAAGCCGCUGAUUAUAUAUGUUGAGAAUUUCUUUAGGGAUGCCGAGGCCGAUUAUCUCGUUGCUGUUAGUGGCGGUAAAUGGUCACCAUCCAUCAUCUCCGACGGAACCUCUGUGCGAGUCGACCCGUCCGUCCGACGCUCUGAUCGCGCCCUUCUCGACCGCGACAAUGUAGUCCGAUGCGCCGAGGAACGAGCGCGAUCUUUCCAAGGCUGGCGACCAUGGCUAUAUAUUGAGCGCAUGUGGACGCAACGAUACAAUGCAUCGGGCCAUUACCGACAUCACUACGACUGGAGGGGAUCAGCGGCACAACGGGGGGGGGACCGUUUGAGCACGUUUAUGGUUUAUUUGGACGCGAAUUGUACGGGCGGAGGGACGAAUUUUCCGCGCUUACGCAUGCCGCGGAAGAGUCAGUGGUGUCGGUUUAUUGAAUGUGACGAUGCGCAUAGAGAUGUCUACGAGGGUGUUACGUUCAAGCCGAUCAAGGGGAAUGCGGUCUUUUGGGAGAACUUGCGGCCGGACGGUACGGGGUAUCCGGAGACAUGGCAUGCGGCACUUCCGGUUUUGUCGGGGAGGAAGGUUGGGCUGAAUAUUUGGAGUUGGUAUCAGCCUCCUGUUCGGAGGGUUUGACUCAACUGAGUCGUCAAGCAUAUUGCAUGUAAAGUUGAUAGAUGAGACUGUACUCUGUACUCUGUACUCUGUACCAUAGUGCAUAUA